CGCUCCCAGUAAACGCGUUUGGCAAUAGGAAACGGUAUAUUAGAGGGGAGGGAGUGGCGGAGCAGGGCCAGGCAGGAAGAAGCUGGAAGAAGACACUUCACGGCUCCUGCCCCCUUCCCAGUCUGUCCCGAGUGCCGGCUGGCCGAGCAAAGCACCCCCUGGGCCCCGGCGGGGCUGCAGAGGGGGUCGAGAGCAUCCCCGCCCAAGCCCCAGGCCCCCAAGGGCCCCAGGACCCCAGCGAGCGGCCCAGCGGCCCAGCAUCCGCAGCCCAGAUCCAGAGGAGGAGGAGGAGGAGGAGGAGGUGUCAGGGGCGGGGGAGGAGGAGAGGAGCUGGCCUGAGUCCACACCUCCCCCCCCCCCAUACCCCCGCCCAGUCCCAGGGCUGCUAGCCCUCGGGCCACAGCCCAGGGUAGAGCAGGGAGGAAGAGGCCCUGAGUCCCCCUGGGAUGGACCUGCUCGUGCUGCUGCUGGCUCUGGGCCUGGCCGACGGUGGUUCUGCACUGUCCUCACCCAACUCUCUCUUGACCUGUGCCUGCGAGAACUACAACUGCAAGGGGUCUUCAACCUGCCAGGGGGCUUGGUGCACGGUGUGGCUGAUAAAAGAGCCAGGGAAACAACCCGAGGAGUCCCGGGGUUGCAGUAACUACCACCACCAGGAGACGUGCCUGGGACUGCCCACUGAGGCCUUUGCCCACUACUGCUGCUACCAGCCUCUCUGCAACCAAAACAUUUCUCUGAAACUAGCAACCACACCAGCCCCACCAGAGGAACCCCAUCGAACUAACCAUCUGCCACUGAUUUUGGGUCCUGUACUGGCUCUGCUGGUCCUCCUGGGGUUGGGGGCCCUGGGCCUAUGGCGCCUCAGUCGGAGACGUGAGAAACAGAGAGCCUUGCACAAUGACCUGGGAGAAUCCAGCCUCAUCCUGAAGGCAUCGGAGCUGGGGGACAGCACUCUGGGGGACCUUCUGGACAGUGACUGCACUACGGGCAGUGGCUCUGGCCUUCCCUUCCUGGUCCAGCGGACAGUGGCUCGGCAGAUUGCUCUGGUGGAGUGUGUGGGCAAGGGCCGCUAUGGUGAAGUGUGGAGGGGCCUGUGGCACGGUGAGAGUGUGGCUGUCAAAAUCUUCUCCUCUAGGGACGAGCAGUCCUGGUUCCGGGAGACCGAAAUCUACAACACAGUGCUACUCCGACACGACAAUGUUCUUGGCUUCAUUGCUUCUGACAUGACAUCCCGCAACUCCAGCACCCAGCUGUGGCUGAUCACCCACUACCAUGAGCAUGGCUCCUUGUAUGAUUUCCUGCAGCGGCAGCCACUGGACCGGGGACUGGCCCUGAGGCUGGCCCACUCCAUCGCCUGCGGCCUGGCCCACCUCCAUGUGGAGAUCUUUGGAACCCAGGGAAAGCCGGCCAUCGCCCACCGGGACCUGAAGAGCCGCAAUGUGCUGGUCAAGAGCAACCUGCAGUGUUGCAUUGCAGACCUGGGCCUGGCAGUAAUGCACUCCCAGGGCAGUGACUCCCUGGACAUUGGAAACAACCCUCGAGUGGGCACCAAGAGGUACAUGGCUCCAGAAGUGCUGGAUGAGCAGGUGCGCACUGACUGCUUUGAAUCCUACAAGUGGACAGACAUCUGGGCCUUCGGGCUGGUGCUGUGGGAGAUAGCCCGCCGGACCAUAGUGAAUGGCAUCGUGGAGGACUACAGACCACCCUUCUUUGACAUGGUCCCCAACGACCCCAGUUUUGAGGAAAUGAAAAAGGUGGUUUGUGUCGACCAGCAGACCCCCAACAUUCCCAACCGGCUGGCUGCAGACCCGUUCCUUUCAGGCCUGGCACAAACGAUGCGGGAAUGCUGGUACCCCAACCCUUCAGCCCGCCUCACAGCCCUGCGGAUCAAGAAGACCCUACAGAAACUUUGUGCAAAUGUAGAGAAGCCCAAAGUGAUUCACUAGACGUCUGUACUCCCUAUACCCUGGGGAGGGCUGUAUGGAGCUGUCUGGGCUGGACCUGUCACGGCUAUAGCAUCUGCUUUCCUUCUUAUCCAGGAUCUCAGGAGGAGAGAGAUGGGGAGGGUGGUCCCCUGAGAGGGCAGCUAUGGCUGCUGGACUCCACGCCUCCAGCCCCCAUCUCUCCCAGCCAAAAAUAUUGCUGGGCCUGUAAUCUGAUGCCAGGGCAUCUAGCCCAGUCUGAAGGAACAGUCUCCCUGACGCCUGGCUCUCCCCCACCCCCAGCACACCCACACUGACCCCUCCUUCUCCAGGAAGGCCCCAGCUGCAGGAGAACACAGCCCUAAGAUGGGAUCAUAGGGAAGCCUUGGGGUAAAGGGGUAGGGAAUUCCCAUUCACUUUGCCACCCAAUUCCCCUGGUGCACAUGUGCAUGCACACAGAGACAGAAACCAAAUUCUGUUCCGCCUCGUCUGCUGCUUGUGCCCUUCUCUAUGCCCAACCCAGCUUCCCAGGGUCGGCAGAGAGGAUGCAAGGUCCCCAAUCCAUUCCAGAUGGCAUAUGCCCCCUGUGCCACAAGGACCCAAUCCUAAAUACAACCUGUACACACUAUCCUCUGGUUGCAUAAAGGACUGUGGUAGAGCCAGCAAGCCUCUGCCCAUCGUGGAUUCAAUUGCAGGGUUACCCUCUGUAUCCUUCCUCUCUCCCAGAAGUCAUCACCGGACACAGAAUAUGAACUAUGUGGGAAGUCGCCAAGGGUUGCUGAAUCCUGCCCAAGUUAAAUAUCCUUGACCAAGGGGGCAACCUCUACCCCAAACCACUUAACCUGGAAUUAAACCUCAAAUUUUCAAGCCUCUCCCAGGCCAACUCUGAGCAGAGGCUGGUGCAUUUGUUAGCAAGUCACAGAAAGGUGGUGAUGGCAUUGAAAUGUCAGAAGAGGCUAGCGCCCAGCCUGAAGGAGCUUCCAAAAUAAAUAGGAGGCUAUACUUAGAGACUUCUGAGCCUAAGUCUAAGCCUCCACCCAGCCCCAAUACAAAGUUAUCUCCUUCCCUUGUCCCUUGCCAGCACAUCCACCAAUAGUUGAUUUUGUGAGUCAGGGAGAAGAUAAAAAAAAAAAAGAGCCUGACUAAAUUUUUUUUGGGGGGGGCAGGGCAAUGAGGGUUAAGUGACUUGCCCGGGGUCACACAGCUGGUGUCAAGUGUCUGAGGCUGGAUUUGAACUCAGGUUCUCCUGAAUCCCGGGCUGGUGCUUCAUCCACUGUGCCACCUAGCUGCCCCCCUGACUACUUUUUAAUACCCCCAAUGCUGGGGCUAUUUUAUUUAUUCCCUGCCACAUGGGGUAUCAUCCUUGGGGAACCUUAUAGUUCACAAAUUCACCACACUAUUUAAUGCCAAUUUUAUCCUGAUAGCAGCCCCUCCCGUUGGGAAAAGUGGCUGCCCACACCAGAACUAGGUUAUCUCUAGGGACCCCUCCAGUUCCAACAGUCCAUGUUAAAUCCCCGACCUUGAGAACUCUCCGGCUCUGGUGUUAGUGGUCACAUCGUUGGCAAGGCCCCCAUCGUUAGACCCAAAUCUCCUUCGCUCAGAGGAAACGUGGAAUCAGAAAUGUGAAGUCAGAAGGGACCUUCAAGGUCAUCUGCUCCAAGUCACUUAUUUGACACAUGAUGAAACUGUUAAAUUCUUUUUUUUUUUUUUUAGUGAGGCAAUUGGGGUUAAGUGACUUGCCCAGGGUCACACAGCUAGCAAGUGUCAAGUGUCUGAGGCCGGAUUUGAACUCAGGUCCUCCUGACUCCAGGGCCGGUGCUCUAUCCACUGCGCCACCUAGCCACCCCAGCAUGAUGAAACUUUGGCUCCGUAUCUUCUAAUGCCCUCGGCACCAUGGGAUGGAGCGCUAAGACCUGGAAAUCUGACUAGGCAGAUGGGCUGGUGUUUCUGUCUGGACAGGGCCAGGGGCUGGGUGGGUUGAGGAGGAUGUGGUUGGAUAUAUUGGAAAAUCCAGUACGGACCCAGGCUCCAGAAAGCCCAGGUCCCGAGUCCAAGGUCCAUUGGCAAAUGUUUCCUGUGACCUUGAAAAGCUGCAUCCUUCUCUUCUCUCAGAACACUGUGAGAUCUAAGGCUGGAGGGGAACGUGAAGAUUGCUCAUGUUCUGUGAGGAAACUUGAAGGGAAGGGAAAGGUAGAGAAGGCAAGGGAAGAGAAGGCAAAUGAAUCCAUUAUUAAGUUUCUAACUGUGCUGGGCAUUAUGCUAGGCACUGGAGAUAGAAUUACAAUGAAUGAAAUCAUUCCUAUUCACAAGCAGCCCACAUUUUAAUGGAGAAAAAAAGUACAUGUAUAAGUAUACAGAAUAAAUAUUUAAAAAAAUAAAUACAAAUAAUAGCGACAAUA